CAAUGCCUCAUCAAUAAUGUCAGCGCCCACUUAUCUUCACAUGGAACAAUUCAGAAAGUGAUAAUAAUGUGCUUUACCGGCCUCAUCACGACUACCGACUGAGCAGGAACAAUGAUCUCUCAAGCCUGUGCAAGAGCAUGCAAGACAUACAAGUUGACAUCGCAGUUACACACUGUUUUGUUAUCACCAUUCGUUUCUAGAUGCAGACAGCAUCUACAACACUCUGUUUCUUUAUGUGCAAAGUCUUGUGCUGAAAUAUGUCAUGAUAGUAAACGCUGGAACACUACUUGGCACAAUGCCAUGCACAGAGUACUGCCUAGUGCCAAUAUCUGCAAACAUCAUCAGUCAAACAUGUAUGCACGGUCACACACUGCAUGCAAACAUCAUCAGUUAAAUUCACUGUCAAGGUCACUUGCUGCACGCACAGUGCACCUGUCAAGCAAACAUUCUUUGACUGGAAACAUGAUGUUCACCAAAUACCUGAAUUCCCGAUUGGACAUGUGCAUGGAAAGGUUGCUGAGUACCAGAGCUGAUGGUCAUGAGCGUCAUGUUGGAGAUGUCUUGGAGGAGAUGCAGCAGCUCCUGGUGGAGCUGGGAGUUCCAGAACCAAGGACGUCUGUGGAACUCUUCAUUGCUCAUGUUCUAGGAAAGUCAACGCUCCAUGGCGUGUCUGCUGACCGUGGACUGACCGGUCCGGAGGUGGAGCGCGUGUGGGAGAUGGUGAAGCUGAGACAACAACGAACACCGGUACAGUACAUCCUGGGAGAGUGGGACUUCUGUGACAUCGUGCUGAGAAUGAGGCCGCCAGUGUUUAUUCCUCGGCCAGAAACAGAGGAGCUGGUUGGUUUCAUCAAGUCACAUCUCCAGGGCUGGGGACAUAAACAGACAAGGUUGCUUGAGAUUGGAUGUGGAUCAGGCGCCAUAACUCUUGCACUGCUGAAAGAAUUUCCACAGAUGCAGGCAGUAGCUGUUGACAAGACAACACAUGCUUGUGAGCUGACAGCUGAUAAUGCCACCAGCCUCGGGCUGACAGACAGGCUGGACGUGAUACACCUGGAUAUCAGUGCAGAGCCAGCCCCUGACCUGGGUGUGUUUGAUGUGAUUGUCAGCAACCCUCCCUACAUCAGCACGGAGGACCUGGACCAGCUGGACCCCCAGGUCUCCCGGUAUGAAGACCGGACCGCUCUGCAUGGUGGAGGAGACGGCCUAGAUGUUGUCAGACAAAUCCUCACCAAGGCGCCGUCUCUGCUCACACACGAGGGCACUGUGUGGCUGGAGGUGGACACAUCCCACCCCGGGAGGAUACAGAGCCUGGUGGAGGAGCAGGGGGGACUCCGGUAUCUCAGGACACUGCAGGACUUCACUGCCAGGGAUCGAUUUUGUGUCCUUCAGUACUGGGACCCGACCAGAUGAAACAGGUGGACGUGACAGACAACGACUGUGUUCAGAAUGAAGAAAGCUGUCAAGGUAUCACCAGCUGAAGAUCUCCUGAUGUGCUCCUGUCUUCAGAAUGGUUUGGAAUCCUUUUGAGAACCAAGGAAUGAGGAGAUUUGUCUUAUCUACUGAUAAACCAAGGCAUGUUCCUGGAUUUAGUGGUGCAGAGUUGCCCCCCCUUGGCUGUACCAGAAUCCUGUGAUCAUGGUUUUGAAUCCCAGAUUGGACUUUUCUCCCACAUGAAGUGGAGACAUUAGGGCUGGGAUAAGUCCAAAUUUACUACCCGGGUACCCCACCCCCCAUUAUCCUACCCUACCCUACCCUACCCUACCCGGGUACCCCACCCCCCAUUAUCCUACCC